AUGCUGACUGUGCAGAGCAACAGCGACUACCGUCGUUCUGGUGGAUACGGUCAUCAUCAAGGUAACGGUCACUACUACUCUUCCUUCUACGGUUCAGAUUCCCACAGCGGCGGUCACGAUAGCAGCGGGGGCGGCUACGGGGGCAACUACCAUCAUCACCACCACCACUCCGGCUCGGGCGGCACCGGUGGCCACAUAGGGAGCGGCGGUGGAGGAGGCGGUCACGGGGCAAUGGACGCCACCUUCGUCUGGAAGCUAAGCAAACUCGGACGCAUAAGCUCCUCCCGACUGCGGUUUGACGAUGACUUUGCGGACCGACUCAACUAUCAGUUCUCCGGUGUCCUCAUGUUCCUAUUCAUUGGUGUUAUCGGCAUCAGACAAUACGUUGGUACGUCUCAACAGAUCCUCACUUCCGACAGCAGUAUGUCUUACUAG